AUGGUUCUUGCAGAGAGUAAGAACAGAGUCGGCCUCGGCCGUGCGCUCAUGAACUCCAGGAGCGGAAGCUCACAUAAGACGAACAACAAGCAUCGGGGAAAUGGAGCUGGGAGAGGGGGGAGGGGGGCGGGUCCGGGGCAGUCUGAGAUGGUGAGGGCGAUACUGCAAGAAUGGUGGGAUACGGGGACGGAGAGUAGCUAAUGGGUUUCGUAGCUAUAUACUACGGAGAAGCAUGAGGCGGAUUGGUACAGGAUGCGGAGCGUCACGCAGCAGAAUGAUCUUGAUGGUUUGCUUUGUUCCAUCUCGUUUUUCCUGUCCACGGUGGAGGGAGGAAGGGAGGGGGAAAGAAGAAUGAAUGCUGAUUUAUGCGAUAGAGUUCUUGAAUACUGCUGAAUUGGCGGAUACGGAUUUCACAGCUGGUAUGUCGUCGUUAAUGUUUUUGAGGCUUUACUGCUACGAUGUUGAUUAUAUGGUAGAAAAAAUGAGCAACAUGAAGAUCAUCCACAAAGACCAGAUAAACCCCUACCUGCUAACGGCCGACGAAGAAGAGACCGCCAGAACCAAGCACCGAAAAAACAAGCAGCAACUAACUGUUCCCCGCCGACCACAUUGGGACUCGACGACUACACCCGCUGAAUUGGAACGCCGUGAGAAGGACUCCUUCCUGCGCUGGCGCCGGGGCCUUGCGGAGCUACAGGAGGCAAAGGACCUACUCAUGACCCCUUUCGAGCGAAACCUUGAGGUUUGGAGGCAGCUGUGGCGAGUCAUUGAGAGGAGUGACCUUGUCGUUCAGAUUGUCGACGCUAGGAACCCGCUCAUGUUCCGUAGCGAGGAUUUAGAGAGAUAUGUCAAGGAGGUUGACGAGAGAAAGAACAAUCUGCUGCUUGUGAAUAAGGCGGACAUGAUGACUGCUGAGCAGAGGAGCGCGUGGGCGGAUUACUUUGAGAAGGAGGGGAUCAGUUAUCGGUUCUUUUCGGCGGCUUUGGCGAAGCAGGUCAAUGAGGAGUAUUAUAGCGUGGAUGGGGAAGAGGAACCUAUCAAAGAGGAGGUGGUGGUGGAAGGGAAGGAGGGGCCAAAAAUUAGAAUUCUUACCGUCGACGAGCUCGAGGAGGUAUUCUUGGAGCAUGCGCCUAUCGCCAAGGGUAUGUUUAUUUCUGCUCUAGAGCUGUAUAUCGUUCUAAUUUCCUCGCAGACGAAGACCCGGAGAAGCCUCGAAAGACCCAAAUCGGUCUUGUCGGAUACCCGAACGUUGGAAAGUCCUCUACUAUCAAUGCCCUUAUCGGCGCGAAGAAGGUGUCUGUCUCCUCGACCCCCGGAAAAACAAAACACUUCCAAACCCUCCACCUUAGCGAGAAGAUAGUCCUCUGCGAUUGCCCCGGUCUCGUCUUCCCCAACUUUGCCACCACGAAAGCAGAGCUCGUAUGCAAUGGUGUCCUACCAAUCGACCAACUCCGCGAGUUCAGUGGCCCAACAACACUUGUAACGCAAAGGGUUCCCCAACAAUUUCUUGAAUCCCUCUACGGUAUCAAGAUACAUACCCGUCCAUUCGAAGAAGGCGGCACCGGUAUUCCAACCGGGGAGGAACUCCUAAUAGCGUACGCCAGGGCCAGAGGCUUCUACAAAACCGGAGCUGGAAACCCAGACGAGUCCCGGGCCGCAAGAUACGUUCUGAAAGACUACGUGAAUGGCAAACUCCUCUUCUGCCAUCCACCUCCCGCAGACUCCCCCAUCGACCCAUUCAAUUUCAACAAAGACCUCUACGACGAAGCGCAUCUUCCGCAGAGCAGGAGAGCCGGGGCCUCCCUGGGUCAAGACCACGAUGACGACCUCGCAUCCGAGGACCUACCGAUUAUCGAGACGGGGGAGAAGUCGCACGAUCUUGACAGGAAAUUCUUUGCUGAGGGACGGGGAAGUCUGGGCCAUGUGAGGACGCCGUUUCAUCUGGGUGCUGGUGCUGCUGGGGCUCUACCCGGUGGGAAAAAUCUGAGUGGGAGGAAGGCAAGGACUAUGAUCGCUUUGGAUAAUAAUCUUAGUCCUGAUGAGGUGAGGAAGGCGAUGGGUGGGAAGAAGCAUUUCAAGGGGAGGAAAAAUAUAAAGUGAGUGAUUAUAAUUAGUGGGGUGAUGUUGGGGGUUCUUUUCUCCUCCCUUUCCUUACUUCCCUUCUUUUUUUUUUUUUGUAAAUAGGGCAUUCGGUAGUUAUGUCUGUUGCAGGAUUGGAUCCUUUGGGGGGUUACUCGAUAUCAAAUUUGUCCCACGAUUUAACUAUUGUUAUUACAUGGUUCCUAACUUCUGGUCAAGUCUCCAUGACCUGGGCAUCAAACAGGAAGGCUCGAAAAUUUUGUCUGUCGCUUAAUACCCAUGAAAGUGACCGGCCAGUCUCCAAAGUCAGCUCCCUCCCAUUUUGAAUUUUUCUUCUAGCCUUCCACCGCAAAGCACAAU